AUGAUAUCGCAACUGUUUACAUUCAGUCGUCUUAGUUUAAAGGAGAAGCUAUUUGGUCCACAUAGUUACACUAAGUUUUACACACCAAUUGUAUCAAAAUUACGUGGAUUAUCAACGAUCUCCCUUGAAUCGUUAAAAUAUCGUUUUAUUUGGCAUGGUGGAGUUGAAAUUGAUUUACAACGAGUCGAUAAUCACCUUCUCAAGCCGGCUAAUUUCGAUUCAGCUAUAGCAGAGGCAGUGAAAGAAUGCAGAAAUCUAGGCAAAAGAACCGUCUGGUUGAAGGUACCAAUACAAUCUUGCAAUUUAAUAGCUGUUGCUGCUAAGCAUGGCUUUCAGUUUCAUCAUGCAAAAGGAGACACUGCUAUGAUGAAUUGUUGGCUUCCUGAUGAUAUUGAGUGCAAAGUACCACUAUUUGGAACUCAUAAAGUUGGUGUCUGCGGAGUUGUAGUAGACGAAAGUACUAAAAAGGUAUUGGCUAUUCAAGAGAGAAUCAUGAAGAUAAGAAAAUGGAAAUUCCCUGGCGGCCACGCAGAUCACGGAGAAGACUUUCGAGAAACAGCAAUCAGAGAAGUUUAUGAAGAGACUGGCAUUCAAGCAGAGUUGGCUUCCGAUGAAGACGCUAAUCCGUUAACAAAGUGCAUAUCACGAUUGAUCUUAAGUGGAUUCGAAAAAGGAUUUGAUCAUAUUGAUAUAACUUUUGAUGAAAUGCCAUCUAUCUAUGAAGGGAUAACUUAUAAGCUUUACCACAGAUAG